UUCUGACAGAAGGGUGGUGUCUUAGGCAUCCUUCAAUUAGACAGGAGUAGCUAAAGGCUGUGUAUGUGUGUCUGUGUGUGUGCAUAAGAAAAGAAAUAGGAGGGUAUGUGUGUGUAAGAAAGAGCAUCUUGGCUGGGCGCGGUGGCUCACGCCUGUAAUCUCAGCACUUUGGGAUGCCAAGGCUGGUGGAUUGCCUGAGCUCAGGAGUUCAAGACCAUACGGGGCAACAUGGUGAAACCCCGUCUCUACCAAAAAUACAAAAAAUUAGCCGGGCAUGGUGGUGCGUGCCUGUAGUUUCAGCUACUCGGGAGGCUGAGGCAUGAGAAUGGCUUGAGCCCUGGAGGCAGAGGUUGAAGUGCGCCGAGAUCACACCACAGCACUCCAGCCUGGGCUACCGAGUGACACUCCGUCUCAAAAAAAAAAAAAAAAAAAAUCUUUGCUGCCACUAAUCCACUGUCUUUGCACUCACCCUCUGCCAUGCCCAUCCUUGUCCCCCUCCCCACUCACAGACAUGUCCAACAACAGCCCCGAGUAUGCUUUGGUUUUCACGAUCUCGGGUGCUAUGGCCACCAUGGUCUCCAGUGGCCUGGGUGCUGCCUGUGGCAUGGCCAGGAAUGGCACCGGCAUCGUAGCCAUGUCAGUCAUGUGGCCAGAGCUGAUCAUGAAGUCCAUCAUCCCAGUGGUCAUGGCUGGUAUCAUCACCAUCUAUGGCCCAGUGGCGGCUGUCCCCCCUGCCAACUCCCUGGAUUAUGAGAACAGUCUCUAUAGCAGUUUCCUCCAGCUGGGGGCUGGCCCGAGUGGCCUGGCAGCCGGCUUUGCCAUCGUCAUCGUGGGGGACACUGGCAAGUGUGGCACUGCCCAGCAGCCCUGACUAUUUGUAGGCAUGAUACUGAUCCUCAUCUUUGCCAAGGUGCUCAUCCUCUCCACAAAGCAGCCCCUCUCAAAACCCACCAGUCACAGAAUAUGGUGUAAAGACCACCCCUCCUCAUUCCGGAACAAACAGCCCGACACGCAUGUGCCGGGCCGCUGGCCCUCAGUAGUUGGUCUUCCAAGUGUACAGUGUCCUUGUGUUCAUCGUCUGUUGGCCAGGCCUUCCCCCUCCCGCCCCAUGCUGUGGGCAUCUGAACCUACUCAUCACCCAUCCAGGUCCCCGACCAGUGAGGACUCAGGCCCCUGGAUGCCCCACCUGUCUUCCUUGAGUGCUCUAUGUAUAAGGAUGAAUUAGAGCUGUCAUUUUCUCUUCACUGGAUAUUUAUAAGGAUUUGGCCUGUCCAUAUCCCUGUGGAGCAGCCCUCGUCUCCCACCUAUCUGUCACGUCAUGGAGGUUCCCAUUGCGGAGCCUCCUUGGAUGGAACCACCCUCUCCAGCCCGUGCUGCCAGGCCCUGUGCGGCAGCUGUGUCUGAUAAAGUUCUCAGAUGUCGG